AUGUCUGACUCCUCCGAGCAAAAGUCGUUCACCCUGCAGACCGCCUCGUUCGACGCGCGUUUCCCCAACCAGAACCAGACCAAGCACUGCUGGCAAAACUACGUCGACUACUACCGAUGCGUCAACGCAAAGGGUGAGGACUUUGUCCCCUGCAAGCAGUUCUUCCGCGCCUACAACUCGUUGUGCCCGAACGAGUGGGGCGUCAACCUCGUUCAAGCCCCACUUGUCGGCGGCACAGCUCGGGGAGACUACAUCGACGAUCCGACUCGAUUCUCCUGGCCGUUGCGACGCUUUCGAGGUGCUCUCGUACCCAGGCGUGCGAUUGCAGCGUCAUGCUCGCAUCCACUCGCGAUUCUGCGUUACACCCGAACCGCGCUUGCGGCAAGAGAAGAUGUCGCCGGCUCCCAGCCUUUCAUCCGCUCCGUGGCUGCAUACGACACUGUGUUGCAACUGCAAUGCGCCGACAACCACAAUAUCGCCAAGUGCCGAUAUCCACGCAGCUCGUACUUGCGCCAGUACUACAGUCUUGACGCAUUCGCAGCGCCAUCCAGUGUCGCAUGCAGCUCGCUCUGCACCUGCCCGCCUUGUCGCUCCGCCUCCGCCUCCGCCUCGCCACUGCCACUGCUGCCCGCAACACACGCUCACGACCACUGA